UCUAUUCUGUGAUUUCUGUCUGGCGAUAUCCAUUAUGCCACUCUCCGUACUAAAAGAAGUACGUAUAUGUCAGAUAGAGUUUGAAACUUCAGCAUAAUUGCUAGCGAUUGAUAAAGGAACCGAAAUCUCUAUGUAUAAAGUCCUUAUCAUAAGGCUGCUAGAACUUGUAUAGACUCGCAAUGGGAGCCAGUCGGAAGCUUCAGGGAGAAAUUGAUCGAGUGUUGAAGAAGGUUCAGGAGGGAGUCGAUCUCUUCGACAGCAUUUGGAACAAGGUCUACGACACUGACAAUGCCAACCAGAAGGAGAAGUUUGAGGCGGAUUUGAAGAAGGAGAUUAAGAAGCUCCAGAGGUACAGGGACCAAAUUAAGACAUGGAUCCAGUCCAGCGAAAUUAAGGAUAAGAAGGCAUUAAUGGAUGCUCGCAAGCUCAUUGAGCGUGAAAUGGAAAGAUUUAAAAUAUGCGAGAAAGAAACAAAGACCAAGGCAUUUUCCAAGGAAGGAUUGGGCCAACAACCAAAGACGGUGAGCAUUGGCAUGCUUUGCAUACAUGAUUGUGUAGAAUGUGUAUUUUGAGUUGCAAGAAAUGUAAUUAACUAAUAACUCCGUGUGUUUGCUUGGGGAUUUUUUAUGUUAAUAUUUGAAGUGAGUGCAGAUGUGCAGGUUUACUAUUUUUCAUUAAAAGUUCACUGUUCUUGUAAGUGUUUGGUAGAAAACGAAGAGGAAGGAAGGUUCCAUUUCCAUUCUUCUCCUUUCUCUCUUCUGAAAUUUGAAUAAUAGCCUUCAGGUUAUAUUAAGUUAAAUUCUCUACAUCAUCAAUUUUACCUACAACUAAUAGAAAAAGGUUUGGAGUUUUUAUCUUCUGGGAAAAUACCAAUCAAGCCUUCCAUCAUUUGCAAUGGACCAAAGGCUCACUAUUUUUUGGCUUGGGAAUAUGAUGGAAUAAAGCAAAAUGGUUCACUAAACUGUUUGCUCUUCUUUGUUGUGAAGUGAAGUAGCAGUCAGUUCAUGCAACUUUCGACGCGAUUUUCACUACAGGUCAUUCAGAAACAGUCUCUUUGUGCUUAAGUACAUGGGUAAGACUGCGUACAUCCGACCCCCCCUUACCCCACCGUAGGUGGGAGCCUUUGUGGCACUGGGGUGAUGAUGAUGAUGAUGGAAAAUACCAAUCAAGGGUAUUUUUCCAGGAACCAAUAAUAUUUCAGAUCAGCCAAAGGAAACAAGUGUUUGAGACCCAAAGGAAAAGGCUAAAUCAGAGACUAGGGAUUGGUUGAACAAUGUGGUUAGUGAGCUUGAAAACCAAAUCGAUAUCUUUGAAGCUGAAUUGGAGGGACUUAGUGUUAAAAAAGGGAAAUCAAAGCCCCCGAGAUUGACUCAUUUGGAGACAUCAAUUACUCGGCACAGGGCGCAUAUAAUGAAGUUAGAGUUGAUUUUAAGGUUACUGGAUAAUGAUGAAUUGAGUCCAGAGCAAGUCAAUGAUGUCAAAGAUUUCCUGGAUGACUAUGUGGAACGUAAUCAGGAUGACUUUGAUGAGUUUAGUGAUGUUGAUGAGCUUUAUAGCUCUCUACCUUUGGAUAAGGUGGAAGCUCUUGAAGAUCUAGUGACCAUUGGUGCCACUGGUCUUCUCAAGGGUGUGAGUGCUGUAGUAAGCACAACAAAAGUUUCUAUUGCCGCAACACCUUCUCUUCCAUCAGUAACAAUAGCACCUCCUGCUCUGCAAAGUGGUCCGUCCCAAGAGCAAGCAGAUGAAAUAGGUUACCAAGAGAGUACCUCUGAUGCAGUUGCUAGAGUCUCACAUCUUAAAAGUGGUGCAGUUUCUUCUUUAGUUCCAGCAACACCUGUUGCGCCCCGUGCAGUCCCUGUUACUGGUGUUGCUUCAUCUCCUAUGAAUGUGCCAAGUGCUAUAAAAGUUGAGGAGAUUACUGGGUUCCCUGGCCGGAAAGCAUCUCCAACACACACUGAAGCUGGAUUAAGGGACAUUGAUAGAAAUGGCCUCUCUAGUCAACCUGCAACCAGCAUUUCACUUGGUUCUAUUAAUUCACUAUCUAACGAUGGAGCUAUAGGUGCUACUCCUGUUUCAGAAGUGACAAAGAGACAUGUUUUGGGAUAUGAUGAAAGACUUGGGAGUACUGGCACGGGGCAGCCUCUUGUGUCCCCUUUGGUCAAUCAAUCGAGCAUGCCACAAGCUGCUAAGUCUAGUGAGGGAAUGGGCACUAGUGAAAGUGGUCCUGGUGGUGAGUCCAAUGUUGUGGGUGGUAGGGUUUUCUCUCCUUCUGUUGUGCCUGGAAUGCAGUGGAGGCCUGGGAAUUCCUUUCAGAAUCAGAGUGAAGUGGGACAGUUUCGUGGGAGAACUGAAAUUGCUCCUGACCAGAGGGAGAAAUUUUUACAACGGUUUCAGCAAGUGCAACAACAGGGUCAGAGUAAUAUUCUUGGAAACCACAAACUGUUCUAUGCACAGCAUCAGAAUCCGCUUCUCCCUCAGACGUCAAGCUUGUCAUCAACCUUGAAGGAAGUCACCCAUAAUGGAAACCUUAUCACGAUCAAAUGGCGCCAUUAGAAACAAAUAAUCCACAUGUGAUGGCACUCUUGAUUUGUUGGACUACGGAGAUACUCAUUUGCAGAUACUGUUCAAUUCUCAAGUCUCCUCUGUGACUCCUCAACUUGGAUUGGGAACAGGAGCCCCUGCUGCUUCCCUUAAUAAUGUUACUUCAUCGGGACUAUCGCAGCAGCAAUCAGAUGUUGGGAGGCACUCAAAGGUUGAAGAGUUGCAACAACAGGUCCUGUGUGAAGAUGUUUUGACAGAUUCUGCUCCUUCUCCUGCACCUUCCCCGAGCCUUGUAAAGAAUCUCAUAAAUGAGGAUGAUUUUAAGGCUUAUGCAUUUGAUACGCCCGUAAAUGGUGGAGUGGGUAGUUCUCUUGCAGAGCAACCUCAGCAGCUUCCAAGGGAUAUUGUUGAUUUAUCUCCUGGGCAGCCAUUACAAUCAAAUCAACCCUCGGGUGGUAGCCUUGGAGUUAUCGGUCGAAGAAGUGCAGCUGAUCUUGGUGCAAUUGGUGACAACUUGACCUCACCACCCGCGAAUCCUGGAGGAGUGCAUGACCUGUUAUACAACUUACAAAUGCUCGAGUCUGCUUAUUACAAACUUCCUCAGCCAAAAGAUUCUGAGCGUGCUAAAAGCUAUACACCUAGGCAUCGUGCGGUGACCCCUUCAAGCUACCCUCAAGUGCAAGCGCCGAUUGUUAAUAAUUCCUCAUUUUGGGAACGACUAGGGGCUGAUAACUAUGGGACUGACACUUUAUUCUUUGCAUUCUACUACCAACAGAACACAUAUCAACAAUACUUGGCAGCAAAGGAGCUGAAAAAGCAAUCUUGGAGAUACCACAGAAAGUACAACACAUGGUUUCAGCGGCACGAGGAGCCUAAUAUUGCCACAGAUGAUUAUGAACAAGGGACAUAUGUUUAUUUUGAUUUCCAUAUCGCCAAUGAUGAGCAUGGCUGGUGUCAGAGGAUCAAGAAUGACUUCACAUUCGAGUACAAUCACCUUGAAGAUGAUCUAGUUGCUUAGGAUUGUUCCUUGAAAUAUGUCUUCAUUAGGUUAUGAUUUGUAAUCUCCCAAUUUCUUCAUGCCAUCUAAUAUUUAAUUGGAAAAGUUUAUCAUUCAUGCAUCUGCAUUCUUACAACUCUAAUGAUAUCAAGAGGUGGGUUCGGUAAAAACGUUUCACCUUUGACCGAAUGCCGAACAAAAUUCUAGUAUAUUUUGUUACGUUUGGUCUUUGCAGUUUAGUACAUAGAACUGCAUCUGUGCUGUUUGGUUUGUUCUG